AGUCCAUUACAGCAUUUCUUCGUUUAUUUCAUGUGCUUGAUACGCUUUUCUUUGCCCUCUUAGUGAGCCAAGUCGCAGGCUCUCUUGUUUUGACGUAUCCGCACAGGUCGUGCAAGAAACCGAUAAUUUUCUAUAGCCCGAAAGAAGAUCGCAACAACUAUGCCAGAAGCUAUCUCCCCCAUGGCAGCCUCCACGGACGACGUAAAGCUCGAGCCGAAAGAGCAGAAGGCAGUCGAAAAGACAGCGGCGGGAAAAAAGAAAACCAGCGUGACCGGAGAGAAAGCAAAAGUUUCCGUCGCGGGAGAUGGUGCGUUGCUGACCAAGAGAAAGGUUUGUUUGUUGACUUUCUGUUGCAGCUCACAUGGUGGACCACGCCGCUUCGCAUCAGAACUAACGAUGGACACGGAAAAAUAAAUCCUUGGCAGUGGAGGUUUGAAUUCACGAAAUUGAUGAAAUUCAAAAAUUUGCUCAUCAGGAACAAGUCGAAGCCUUCGCCUCACUUCCAGUGCUUUCGAAAGUGAAGCCGCAUGUGCUGCAGUACUCUGAGCAGGUUGCCACGGGAGUGGUCUUUAUCGAGACCAAGGCGGUGCCAGCCGCGCUGGCGGCGUUUGAGUAUUGAAUGCUUCAUCUUCAUCUGUGAAGAUUUGUUUCAUUUCAUCAUUGGAAAUGUUUGCCAUGCAAGUACAGCUCUACUUAUUAAGAAGCGGAACCUUCUCCACGGCACACUAGAUCUCCGCGGAUUUUUCCAGUAAAUCAUUUUCGCAACAAUAUGCUGACACAUCCAAAAAAGGUAUGCGAAGCUCCUGUGGGAAAAGGUGGAGCCGCACUUUUCGGGUGAGGCUGGGAACGAGCUGGUCCCGAUUGUCUUCGGUUUCUGCUUGUGCUUUUUCGGAGGAACCUUUCCGCUGCUGAUCGCCGCCGUGGAAGCGUUCAAGCUCGCGGGGUGGGAUGGUAUACGAGUAUGAGAUAGUUGCUCUUGCUGCAUGCGUAGAAGUCAUCCCUUGCAUCGCAAGUGAAUCUUCAUCUAUCUGAUCUAUGUAUUCGUGUUUUGCUUUUUUCACCGAACAUGUUUACACCACUAUAGCGUUGCAGGUAUGCGCAACGCCAUCACCGUUCUCUACGGCGAAAUGACGGUUGCGAUGGAUGCCCACAAGAAGGAUGAACAGGAAGACCUGGACGGCGACGGUAUCCCAGACGUCCAGCAAAUCACCCCGCAGGAGCUUGGAACCCGGAAGGUUUUGCUCUUCUUGCGGGUCGUCAAUCCGGAAAAGUUCUCCACCGCGGCGGCGAGCAUCAGUGCCGGGUAUUGAGAAUACCGAAUCUAUUAAUAAUUUCUGCGGUCUUUUAUCUCGUUUUUCAUCACGGUGGUCGUGGUGGACGUCAAAAUUAUAAUGCUUGCAUACAUCAUUCCAAUGAGUGACGAUGAAAGGAUUUAAGGGCCCAUCAAACCACAAACACAGUAUUCUCGCCGUCCUCGCGAGCUUGAAGCUCACCUUCGCUCGCGCUAUCACUCUCGGCGCUACCCUGGGUCAAGUUCUGCAGAAGCAAGCGGACCACCACAUCCUUCCGACAGUGAAGUCUGCCACACCGGAAGAAUUUCACAAAUGGCUGCCGGUCUGCAGCGUGUGGGUGACGAAGAUUAUCGCGGUGUGGAUCGCGUUUAUGCUGCAGACGAUCAUCUCCGCCUUCCACUCCGCCGUCCGCGGGGGGCAGAUGUUGGGCGUCAACAUCGUGCGGUACCUGAACCGUUUGGGGAAAAUCGAUUUCAACGAGGACGAAUCACUCUUGGAUGAGAUGGUCGGAUACGGCGCAGCGGGAUUGGGAUUCAUGUACAUAACAUUUUGAAUGAUUUCGUUUUUGCGAAGUGAACUUUAAGGAGUUCGACGUUUUGGAGUUGCUGGACACGUCGACGAGGACCAUGAUGGGAACAAAAACGUAUAUAAAAAUACAGGUUUCAGAUGUGGAUGGGCUUCAGUGUGCCGUUCCUCCUGUGGCUCCCCUUUCUGCCGGUGACAUUACUGGAGUACAGUCUAUCGAUUACGGUGUCUUGGGUGUAAGAACCAGUGCAGACGUAGUUUUUGCUUCCGCGGUGGAGAACUACUUGGAGGACCCGCCCAGAUUACCACGCGAAUUUUCCAUUGGUACUGCCGCUGCUCAAGGAUCCGAUGCGGGAACUAUUUCCGAUGUGGUUACUUACACCAAGUAGAAUAUGGAAGUAAAGAAAUACUUUACUUAUAUCGAACAGAGACUACAGUUGAAAUUUAAAUUUUGAGAAUACAGUCGUUUUGCAAGAAGGGCACUUCGCGCCCUUGCUUGGUGCACUAAGGUACUGACUCGACAGCGGUCGUCCGCAAAUAAAAAGAAACCAUGAUUGUAGUGCGAAAUAGUCCAGGAAAAAUGCAGAAGGGAGAAUAGCAGCUGCAGCAACACACAUUUUUCGCACUUUUUAUUGCAGAAGCUGUCAGUGGUUUGUAUCAUUCGCGUGGCAGUUGAGAAGCUGCUUUUGACUGUGAGAGUGAGUGGUUGUGUCGAAAGUCGGU